UAUCAAACAUUUAAUUUUUGUAGGUAUCAAGAUGUGGUAAGAGUUUGUGCCUUACAGUAUGACUUUAACUUAUUUGAUAAAGGAGAUGAAACCAUUGUUUCGGACAGAGGUUUGAAUUUAAGCAAGGGCCAGCAAGCGAGGGUAAAUCUAGCGAGAGCUAUCUAUAAGGAAAGUGAAAUUUAUCUACUUGACGAUUCUCUGACAGCUCUAGAUGCUCACGUUCAAGAUUACAUAUUCAACGAAUGUAUAAAAAAAUAUCUAAAAGACAGGAUAUGUAUACUUGUUACUCAAACCGCUAACCAUAUUCAAGAAGCUGACAAUGUUGUAAUAAUGGAUAAAUGUCAAAUUAAGUCAUUAGGAAAGCCCGACGCAAAAAUAAUUGAGGAUCUCAGUGAGUUGGUGUGUAAAGACGAUGAUUUGGAAAAGGAAGUAGUUGAAGAAAAUGGGAAGGAGGAAGAAGGUGAGGAAAAAGGAGAAGAGGCUAAAUUACUAGAAACAGAACAGACUACAAAGAAGAAGGUCUAUGGAGAAAUAAAUAAAAAAGGAGAAGUUGAUUUUAUAGUUUAUAAGAAAUAUCUGCUGUUUGGUGGAGGAGUUUGUUUAAUGUUACUGAAUAUAAUCUUGUAUGGUGUAACGCAAGGCACUGAAAGCUAUUCAGAUCAAUUAAUCACCAAAUGGGUGGAUGAGCAGCAAAAUGUUUUAGAUCUCGAAACCAAUUUUACAAAAGAAUUUCACAUUAACGGGCACUCACCUGAAUUAAACGUUACGGACAAUUCUACAUUCAUAAAUUUUACGUUAGUGUUGGAAGAAGCUAGAGCAAAAGAGAAGUUCACAAUUAAUUUAUAUUCCCUAAUGAUUUUUGUAACAACAACGCUGGAUUUAAUAAAAACUUACGCACUCUAUGAUUUUUGCAGAAGAGCGUCUAUCAAUAUUCAUAAACGUAUGUCCCGAACCAUUAUAUAUGCUGUGAUGGCGUUCUUUGAUACACAUUUUAUUGGAAAUAUACUGAAUCGAUUUUCUCAAGACUUAAAUAACAUUGAUGAGCAUCUACCAUUUGUAUUUGCUGAAUGCUCCAGAGUGGCCUUCUCUGUGAGCGGAAUUAUCUUUCUGGUGGCACUAGUAAACUGGAAGUUUCUAGUUCCAUUCGCAAUAUUCUUUGUGAUUUUGGUUAUUUUAAGAAGACUAUAUUUACCUACAGGGAGAAGUUUAAAAAGACUGGAAGCGGCAACUCGCAGCCCGAUGGUGGGUCAUUUGAAUGCAUCUCUUGAAGGACUUACGACAAUAAGGGCUUAUAAGGCCCAAAAUAUUUUAAUCGAAGAAUUUGACAGAUAUCAAGACUUAUUUACAUCAGCCAACUUUACGUUAACCUGUGCGACUAGGGCUUUUGGUUUCUUCAUGGACUUUCUUUGUUCAAUUUUCAUCGGCAUUGUUGUGGCAGUGUUUGUAUUUCUUGACACAGAUACAAGCGCUGGAAACGUUGGACUUGUUUUGACACAAGUCUUUACGUUAGCUGGCCAUGUCCAAUGGGGUGUGCGCCAAUGGGCUGACCUCGAAAACCUUAUGACAUCAGUGGAGAGGGUUUUGGAAUAUACAGAGAUGAAACAAGAACCCACUGGAGGUGUUACCGUGGAGAACUGGCCCACUGAGGGAGCAGUAACAUAUGAAAAUGUUACGCUGACUUAUAAUAACAAUGAAAAAGUACUGAAAAACUUAAACUUUAAGGUGGAACCGAAACAGAAAAUAGGAAUAGUGGGACGAACUGGUGCCGGGAAAUCCUCUAUAAUCUCCACAUUGUUUAGACUUUACGAGGUCGAAGGGAAGGUUAUAAUUGACGGAGUCGAUCUAAAAACUCUAUCUCUUAAAUUUCUAAGAACAAAAAUUGCUAUAAUUCCCCAAGACCCUGUAUUAUUCACAGGAACAAUUCGAACCAAUAUCGAUCCCUUCAACGAAUUUGCGGACGAGGAUAUUUGGAAGGUUUUAGGGAAAUUACAUCUCAAGAACUUGAUAAAAACUUUAGAUUUCGAGAUCACCGACAGCGGGGCAUUCUUCAGUUCAGGUCAAAAGCAACUAAUGUGCUUAGCUAGAGCACUCAUACGGAAAACGAAAGUAGUAGUUCUCGAUGAGGCCACAGCAAACAUGGACCAUGAAACCGACGCCUUAUUGCACGAUAUCAUAAAGGAGAAUUUCUCUGAUUGCACAGUAUUUACAAUUGCGCAUAGGCUUCAUUCAAUUCUGGAAUGUGACAGGGUAAUGGUGUUGGACAGAGGCGAAAUUAAAGAAUUUGNACAAUUGCGCACAGGCUUCAUUCAAUUCUGGAAUGUGACAGG